AAGGGUAUUCCAUACGCCGAGCCCCCAGUUGGUAGUCUGCGCUUUGAGAAGCCGAGCCCAAAAGAACAUUGGAUAGGUACCUUGAACGCGACAGAUUAUAGUCCACCGUGCAUCCAGCCUGUAGAUGCAAAUCCGUAUACAGUUGCGGCCACAUAACGCAUCUGUCAUGUUAUUCAUUCACGGAGGAGGCUUCCUGACAGGCACUGCCUCAACAGACGAUUACUCUGGGGUGGUAUUAGCUGCCACCGGUGACGUCAUUGUGGUAACCAUCAAUUACAGGCUCAACUUUUAUGGUUUUCUUACAACAGGAGAUGAUGACUAUCCUGGCAACGUAGGACUGUUCGAUCAGCUCGAGGCUUUAAAAUGGGUGAACAAAAACAUUGGAGUUUUUAAUCAACUUCAUUUACCGAGGGUGCCCCAAAACAGCGGUAUGCUGACCAUUAUGGGGCCCUCAUGUAAAACAUAUAACAACGUGUCCGCAGCCUGGAUAACUGUUUAUCCGGCACCUGUAGUAGACGGAAUAUUUAUAAAAAGCAGUCCCGAGAUUUUGAUUCGAAAUGGAGACUUUAAGACGCAGGCAACCAUCAUCGUCGGAACAAAUAAAGACGAAGGAACACUUGCCUAUUUGGUUUUACCAGACUACCAAAAACCAAGUACUCCGAAUGUUUCCAAAUCCGAGUUCCUUAAUUUAAUUCCAACAGCCUUUGUUCCGAUUAAGGAAGCAUCAAAUCCCCAUAUUCUGGACGCUAUAUAUUUUGAAUACACCGAUUGGUCUCAGUCAGAUGACCCUGAAGCUAGCUAUUUCAAUUCAGGUGUUCGGUUGGCCACAGAUUUUCAGUUUCUCUGCCCAAGUGAUGCAGUACAGCACGCGCAUUUCUCAGUGGGUAACAAAGUGUUCGUAUAUCUGAUGACCCAUAUUCCAAAGGUUUCGGUAUUUGAUGCUUAUAAUGAAUAUGAUCUUCCUUGGAUUGGGGCUGGUCAUGGAGAAGAACUCCAAUUUGUGUUUGGAUUUCCUUUCCUUAAUGGUUCAUCUACCUAUUCUUUGGAACAGCCGUCUGAUACUGACCGCAAUGUGUCAGUGGAAUUUAUGAGAUAUUGGACGAACUUUGCAAAAACAGGUGAUCCAAAUACCAGAGGAAAUGAGACGUCAGACCAUUCCUUCGAUAAAGAUCUUGCCGUCUGGCCAGAGUUUACAAUCCCUGAACUUAAUUACAUUGAUAUUAAUCCAACGUCGUCAUCUGAACGAGCUUAUCGAGCCGACAAGUGUGCCUUUUGGAGCACGUACGAGCCAAAACUCGAGCAA